AUGCAGCCCCCUGCCAAGCACAACGAGCUCCUGCGCACCAUCUACGGCACUCUGCGCCGACGCGAGCCCAACGGCUGCGACGAGAAGGAGCUGGUGGGCAGGGUCUUCCACUCCUCCAUGUCAGCCUCGGUGGAACGGAGGGGGGGGGGGGGAGACGCGAAUGCCGGCACCCCGGCCGGCGUUUCGGUAGCAGGAGGAGGGGGGGGAGGCAACACGGGCGAUGCUCCCGAGAGUCACCGUUUUUCUAAGACCAAGGUCCGGGGUGCGGUGACGCUCCUUAAGUUCGCACAGGCGGUGCGGGUCGGGCGGGGCGAUACCGCGGGACAGCACGUUCUCUACGUGGCCUACGAGCUGCCGACCUUCAGCGACUUCAUGGCGAGGCACAACAGCCACCUCGUCGACAUGGCACGAGAGCUUGGGGUGGACAUGACGGCGAUGGACUGGAAGAGCCUCCUGGAGACGGAGCAGAACUCGGGCGGGGGAGGGGGGCGCCCGAUUCCGUCACCGAGCCCUACCGACCAAUCAGAGCACGGCUGCCGUAGCCUAUCUUCGAGCCCUACCGUGCAGUCUUCGCCCCAGGACAACGAGCAGCAGUUCGCCCCCCGGGCUUCGUCGGAGCACGCCCUCUGGCACGGCGGCCAGCUCCUGCAGCUUCAGCCCACGCACCCCCGGCCACCGCAGCAACACCACCACCACCACCACCACCACCACCAGGCGGGGAUUCAGCAGUAUAUCCAGCAGCUCCCUUCACCGCAGCAGCAGCUGUCCCAGCCGCCGCCUCCGCCGCCGCCGUCUUCAGCCGCCGUUGGCGGCGUCUGGGGGCAGCAGGUCGCCGGCCCACAAGGGCUCCCCCCUAGGGGGCUCCAAGGUGUCGGCCCCCCUCAGGCCGGCCUCGUCUCGCCGGCAGCACCGUCCCCGACGGCGAUGAAGCAAGGGCAGGAGCAGACGCUGCUAAGCAGGCCGCUGCCUCCGCCCCCGCCGCCCGCGAUGGUUUCCGCCCAAGUUGGGGGGGUGGGGGGGUACGGGAUGGUCCUUCCACUCCGCGGAUCCCCGCUCGACGGGUUUCCGAGCGGCGGCGGUCGAGGGUCUUGCAGCCCUCUCGGGUACGGCCUCGGCGGAAACGGGGGGAACUUGACGCCGUCACCCCAGCGGCAACAGCAGCAGCAGCAGCUUCAUCUGCCUGUGCUCGCGCCGCAUGCCGCUGUCGCUGCUGUGCAGCCUCAUCAAGUCUACGGCUUUGGCCACGUCCAGCAGGGGACUGUUGCUGUCGGCGGCGGCCAGGUUCACCACCGAAGCAGCCAUGCGGGACUGAGCUGGGCGCCGGGGCUAGUCGGGCAAGGGCCCCACGGCGGCGGUGGAGGCGGCGGGGCUUCGCGACAGAUGACCAUGGGAGAAGCGGCGGCGGCCACGGCGGCGGCAAGGGCGGGGGCGGAGGGUGUGACGGAACCGCCGCCUCCGCUUCCUUCUUCUCUCGGUCAACGCGAGAGCGGGGAGCAGGUCCCAGCGGGAACAUCGUCGUCGGCGCAGAGCCUCCCCGGCGAUGUCAGUGGACCGGCCGGCGGUGUCGGCGGCGGGGGUGCUUCUUUCUCCGGCGCCCCUUCGGCGGGGGGUAUGAUGCAGGCUCCGGUUCCGGUCGCACUUGAGCUCAGGAGGCAGUCCUCGCUGCCCCCGCUUUUGGGGUCGUCGCCCCGGCCAGCCUUCACCGGCGCAGGGACUAGGAUGGCGCACACGCCGCCCGCGAUCACUUCCGGUAGGCUGGGCUUUCCUCCAAGCGGCGGAGGAGAGAAGGGAAGUGACCCGCGGGCCACCUCGGAUGCCACCGGGGCUGAUGCAGCGGCGGCGGCGGCGGCGGUGGCCGCUGGCGGGGGUGCUGCAGAGGCCUGGGAGCGGGAGAGGUCGCGGUUUGGCGUGAGGGGGAACAGGCCUUCCCCGGUGGAGUCGAGGAUCGCCGCUGUGGCUAUUGCCGCUCAUAACGCGGCGGCGGCGGCGGCGGCGGCGGCGGCGGCAGCGGUGGAAGCGACGGAGGAGAACAAGAACGGCGAUUCGGCGGCGGCUGUUGGCCCUGGCGCCGUCCCCCGUGACAAUUCGUCUCCUCCUGAGCCGGCGGUGGCGACGACAGGCUCGACCGCACCCGCUGUAGCGGCGGCCGCGGCGGCGCCCGGUUUCGCGGAAUCCGCCGCCAAGGGGACGGCGGAGCUGUCGGCGAGGCACCCCUACGCCACGGACGACGGGGGAGAUGCGCUGGACGUCGGGUUGGGAGAGCUGUCGCUGGAAGAGGUGGGGGGGGGUGGUGACGCGGCUGCUCUGCCGGGGCUGAACGAGAUCGCCUCCAACAGCCGCAGGUACAAAAUGUUCUGA